GGCGAACGGACAAGUGCCCCCACUUCACUGGCGCAAUGAAACAAGUUAAAACCUUCAGAAACGUGGUAUUUCUUUUAUUCCUUCUUGGUAAAACGGCUUCCCAUGAUGUGAGCGCUCGGAAUAUCGAUACCAAAGCGGCGCUGUUGCUGGCGGCGGAACCGGAGAAUCCGAAGUGUUUCGCCGAGACGAAGCAGGAUCUCACCUGCUUUUGGGAUGUAGACAGUGGCGGUGGAGGAGCCGGUCUUUACGGCUUCACCUACCAAUACGAGAGCGGGAAGAGCAGGAGCUGCAGCCUGACGUCACACAGACAGGGCAACAGGACCCGCUACAUGUGUGAGCUUCCGGACAUCUAUCACUUCGCCACCCUGGACAUCUGGGUCCACGUCGGCGGCCUGCUGCUGUACAACAGGAGCCUGUUCAUUGACCAAGUCUUUCUCCUGGAUCCCCCAGCCAACCUGAGCCUCUCCCGGCUGGAGAAUCCCCGCCAGCUGUUGGUGCGCUGGGUCCCUCCGGAGCUGAAGUACAUGGAGAACAGCCUGAUGUACGAGGUCAGCUUCUCGGCAGCCGGCUCCGGGCUGCGCAAGACGGAGCUCGUGAAGGUCCAGACCAGCUACCUGCUGAAGGGCCUGAGGCCGCGGACGGUGUACGAAGUCCGCGUCCGCGUGAAGCCCGAUGGCGAGACCUAUAGUGGUUACUGGAGUGCCUGGUCUGAUGCCAUCGCCACGGAAACAUCCCCCACCGAGGUGGACCCCCUCAUCCUUUCCCUCUGCCUGAUCAUCUUCCUGAUCCUUGUCCUGCUGUCUCUCCCCAUCCUCCUCUCCAGCCGCAGGUUCUUGCUGAAGAAAAUGUGGCCUCUCAUUCCCAGUCCAGAAACCAGAUUCCCAGGCCUGUUCACAGUCUACAAAGGAAAUUUCCAGGAGUGGCUCGGCCAGAGCAACGCCAACCUGUGGUGGAGCCCCGCCUUCUUCUACAUCGAGGACCUGGCUGCCCCCCUGGAGGUCCUCUCCGAGGUCAAGCCCAUCGCUCACCCCGGCGGCGGCAUCACGGCGCCCCCCAGAGCUGGGCACCCGCUCCCGCAGGAGGAGGACAAGUGGGAGGGGGGCGCUGAGGGGCAGGGGCGAGGGGAGGCUCGGCCGGGGCCGGGAGAGCAUUCGAGGGCUCCUCUGUGUGACCUCUGGCUUUUGGGCUCCCCAGAGUCCCCGGCGCCCCGUACGGAUCAGCUGGGGCCCGCCGAAUCGAAGGACGCCUACGUGAUCCUGAACCCGAGCUUCCUUCAGGGGGUCCCCCCGCAGGACAGCGCCCAGCGGGAUGUUUCAGAGGAGGAGUCGCCCUUCCAGGUCCUGUUCGCCACCUCCGAGACCAGCACCCCCAUUUCCUCCUCCGACCGGGGUUCCCUUGGGCACAGCUCCGGCUCCGGCUCCCAAUCCCGAUCCGGAGACCGGCUGUCCUCCGGCUCCAGUUUCGACUACGCUCUGUACGACCCCAGCAGUGCCCUGUUGUUCCCCCAAUCCUGGACCCCCAAGAACCCCAGCUAUGCUUACCUGACAGUGGCCGACUCGGGCAUCUUUAUAGACUACGUCCCCAUGGGCUCGGCUAGUACCGAGGGGCUGUACACGAACUUGUACCGCAAUGACAUCUGCCAGCCCGCAGACCAGCUGCCCCGCCUCUACAGCGCCGUCCACGCCGGGUGCUGACCGGCGGGCAGGACACUCGGAUCAGUGCAAAGAGUGCAGGGUGAUCCACGAGAGUGCUCCCCUGCCCAGAAUCUGCCCGUGGCAGCUUGGGCACAAGGAUAGGACAGGGAGCCAGACUGCUCCGCCGGUCUCGAGCUUUGAGCUCAGAUGGACGGACCAAGAUGGAAGAUGUACAGAUGUGAGAGACGGGCACCCACACCUUCGCUCCAGUGGGAGCAAAGACACGAGUCUCUGUCAAAAAGAGGGCAGUUCAUUGAUUGAGGGAUUUACAAGUGGCAGUUUGUCUGCUACAAAACCCACUUUGACAAGAUAAACACGAACUGUAAGGAAAUCGAUGAAGGUGAGCUUCAUCCCUUCUGUUAUAGAGAGUUUUUAUUUUUUUUAUAACAAAUCAUGUUAUUUUUUUGUCAUUUUAUUUUUACAUUCACAGCAGGGUUGUUUUGUAUAAUCACGUGUAGUCCUUCAAUGUUGUUUGGCCCCUCGCAACGCAGUGCCCUUCCUCAUGAUAUGAUCGCACUCGCACAUUAUUCAAAGGGGACAGAACACCAAGCACAAAACAGAGCUGGCACAAACCUCUGCAUCUGUAGCUUGGUGGUGCCAGACAUGCAGCAUAUGGUGCAGAUGGCGAUUGUUUAUGACAAGGA